UCUAGUGAUGAACAUAAGCCGAAACUGGGAAAUGGAAAACAGCAAACAUGUCGAGAAACAAUAUUAAGCUGCUGCAAUGCGUGUCGUCUUUUUUAUUCGCCGUCGUCUCCGUCAAUUGCUCAACCACUCCCCUCGUCGGAGUUCAUCCAUUAGAUGAGAAAUACUUCGAGUCAGAUAUAAUCAGAUGCAAAGAUGGCUCCAAAUCAUUCCCUAGAGACCGUCUCAACGACAACUUCUGCGACUGUCUCGACGGUACCGAUGAGCCUGGAACUUCGGCUUGUCCGAACGGCAAAUUCUACUGUCGGAAUACAGGAAGUUCUCCAGAGUUUGUUUACUCUUCUCGUGUGAACGAUCGAAUCUGUGAUUGUUGCGAUGGAAGUGACGAGUACGAGAGUAGUAUUACUUGUCCCAACACGUGUAUAAUGGGCGGUAACGUUAACUACGUCUACAAACCUAGAACCUACCGUAAAUCUAUCGACAGGCAACUCGGUUCUGCAACAACCGAUCCAAAUAGAUCGUUAACCAUUGCGAAUCUUCAAGACAUUGUCAAGAAUCUCCAAGGUAUGAAGCUUGUCUUCGCAGUUCAGAUGGUUUUGAUCGGUUUCUUGGUGAUCUUGUGGAUGCUUAGGCGUCGUGCUCGGUCUUCUAAGAGGAGACGUUAUCUGCUGAAGAGUCUGCAUCCCAAUAGAUCAGGCUAACUAACUCUAGGGAACUUUUAAGCACUGCUUUCAUGUGUUGUUUGGAGAAGAAAAUAUAUGUUUAAAAUGAGAAUUGGAGCGAACGAAAACAUGUUGCGUGAUCGCGUAUGUUAUUGUACACACGUAAAACAAUGUACGAAAUACGGAAGGUUUUUGCAUGAUUAA